AAACAGAACAAAGUGAAGAGACAACUGCCACUCAGGAGCCAACAUCAGAAAUCACAGAAGCUCCUCAAGAAACAGAACAAAGUGAAGAGACUACUGCUGCUCAAAAGACAACAACAGAAGCUCCUCAAGAAGAAACAGAACGAAAUGAAGAGACUACUGCUGCUCAAAAGACAACAACAGAAGCUCCUGAAGAAACAGAACAAAGUGAAGAAACAACUGCCACUCAGGAGCCAACAUCAGAAAUCACAGAAGCUCCUCAAGAAACAGAACAAAGUGAAGAGACUACUGGUGCUCAAAAGACGACAACAGAAGCUCCUCAAGAAGAAACAGAACCAAGUCAACCGACUACUGUGACUCAAGAGCCAACAUCGGAGAUCACAGAGGCUACUCAGGAAGAAACGGAGCGGAGUGUAGAAACUACUACGACCGAAGAGCCAUCAUCAGAAAUGACACAAGCUCCGCUAGGUUGGUGGAAAGGCACAAAGAAACAGAACAAAGCGAGGAGACUACUGAUACCGAAUGAGCCAACAACAGCAAUGACAGAGGCGUUUCAAGAAGUAGCGAGAACAGAUGACGUUACGGAAGAGGCAACACCAGAAGUGACAGAACCUUCGCAAG